AUGGAGGAUAAUCGGAAACAGCUGGAAUUGGAAGAUGCGGGUAUAGCUGGGCUUCCUGUUGCUGUGGUCGAUUUUGAUCGUGACUGGCCCGAGAAGAAGGAUCAAUUCGAGGAGGAGAAGAAGAAGAAAUUCUGCAAACCAAACGAGAGUGAUGAAAAAGAUGAUGAUGAUGAUGAGUUUGAAGAUGCUUUGAAAGUGAACGAAGCUAAUAAUAAGGUUGAUGCGGGCAAGCAAAUUGAUUUUGUUAAGGUUAAGAAACCUGUUCCAGAGGAUAGUACUGCUACUGAUGGUGUUCCAGAGGAUAGUACUGGAAGGAUAUACUAUCUUCUUGACCUUGAUGUCAGUUGUGCAAAUCGGUCUAUGCCUCAAGAUCUUCUCCCUUAUAUGGAUUCAAACGAUCAGCGAGUUAUAUGCUGUUAG